AUGGCCGACUGUGUCUACUCCCUCGCAGAGGUAGCCAAGCACAACAGCAAGACGGACCUCUGGGUCACGCUGUGGAACUACGUCUACGAUGUGACCGACUACCAGGAAGACCACCCCGGCGGCAAGGAAUUCCUCCUCGAAAACGCUGGUGCGGACGCGACAACCGCCUAUGAAGACAUUGGCCAUUCCACCGACGCAAGAGAGAUUCUUGAGAACUUCCGGAUUGGGCGCCUUGCCGACGACGACUGGACAGACCACGAGGCAAACAAGAUGCCGACCAUCAAGCCCCGUAGAGCCCGUAUAGUGGACAGACUACCCCCGCCAAAAGUCAGUCUGACCAACUUGCCAGCCAUGGGCUUCGGGUUGGCCUCGAUUGUUCUGUCGUUUGCCUAUGGCCGGAAAGUCUCUCCGUACUUGCAUCAUCUCCAAAGUAGCGGAUUUUGGAAGGGAUUCGCAGUUUCUUCCAUUGCCAGCAUGGUCAUAGCCGGAUAUGCUAGCAUGUGGGCCGCCAAACGCCUCGAUGUUGCGCACAUGGAUCUCCGAGCGUAUCCUGCGCAUUUCAGGGCAAAGUCUACCUCGUCGAGGCCUUCCAGAAAGAAGGACAUCAAUCUUGGUGUCCUGAACGCGCGCAUCUACCAGCCUUUCCCUCUCAUAGAGAAGGCCAAUAUUUCGCACGACACCGUCCGACUUGUAUUUGGCCUGCCCAGUAAAAACUCCAUCCUUGGGCUGCCAACCGGCCAGCAUGUGGCAAUCAGACACGAGGCCGACGGCAAGCAGAUCACUCGAUCAUACACACCGACAUCCAGCAACAAGGACCUGGGCCGACUAGAAUUGACCAUCAAGAUAUACGAAGGAGGAAAGCUCACGCCUUGGUUAAACAAGCUGAAUAUUGGAGACAUGGUCGAAAUUCGAGGUCCCAAGGGCGAGAUGAAGUACCACAAGAACCUGGUCAAGGAGCUUGGAAUGAUCGCCGGCGGCACUGGCAUCACACCCAUGCUGCAAAUUAUCCGACGCAUCUGCGAAGACCCUCGCGACAAUACCAAGGUGACGCUACUCUACGCCAACAAGACGGAAGACGAUAUUUUGCUUAAAGAUCAACUUGACAAGUUUACCCAAGAAAAUGAGCAGUUCAAAGUACACUACAUCCUGAGCAACCCUUCGUCAAGUUGGCAGGGCGAGAAAGGUCGCAUUAGCAAGCAAUUGAUCGACAAGGUAUUUCUCUGUGGUCCCGACCCAAUGGUAGAGUCGAUGUCUAUGCAUCUGCAAGAACGUGGCUUCAAAGCACCAGGCUCAAUCUCGAAACCCCAAGACGAGAUAUUCGUCUUUUGA